AGUGAUAGUCAGGCAGGGUUCAUUUUUACAGCGUUUAAAUUCGUGAAUGGUAUUGCAUGUAUAUGCACAUCUCGAAAGUAUUAAACUAAAAUAUGGCAGAAAUGACAGUUUCAACAGAAGACAAAACUGAGCUGGAUUAUCAGUUAGAUUUUCUGAACGAUGACUACUUUUAUAAGAAUUUUUUCUUCGAAGAAAUUCCGUUUGGUCAAAAUGAUGUUACUGUUUCGCAGCUCCUUACUGUCGACACGCAACAACUCUACGACGCCAAGAAUGAUACUACUAAUCAAGCAGAAAACAAAGAGAACACCCCAGCAGAAGUGAGCAACAGUAGAUUUCAGAAGCCGCUGUCUACAGUAGAUAUCAAGAACAAGCAGAGGAACGCUGUUCCUGCCAACACGACUCGAAGUAAUAUAUGGGCGAUAAAUGUGUGGAAAGAAUGGGCCGAGAAUCGCAACCUGCAACCAGAAACUGCAUCGGAACCGGGCUUUCCAAUUCCUCUGGAUAUCGGAAACUUUCAGUCUUACAAGGAAAUGGACUUUUGGCUUCAACGCUUUAUUUGUGAAAUUAAGCGGAAGAACGGUGAACCCUACCCACCAGCAACUUUGCAAAAUAUUGCAGCAGGAAUUCAACGUUAUUUACGUACAGAGAAAUCGAUGCAUGUAAAUUUGUUUAAAACGGACGAUCCCACAUUCGCGGAAUUUCGAAAAACAUUAGAUUCUCAUAUGAGAGAGCUCACCAACCAAGGAAUUGGACUAGAAAUAAAGAGUGCCGAUGCCGUGACAGCGGACGACGAAAAGAAAUUCUGGGAAACAGGAGUGUUUUCAAUGUCCAGUGCAAAAGGAUUGAGCAAUGCAGUGUUUUUUUACAACGGCAAAGUAUUUGGACUACGUGGAGGGGAAGAACAGACGGGACUUCUCGCUGAACAGUUUCUUCUUGGUUAUGAUAGUGUAAACAAUCGCCGCUAUGUUAAGUUCCUGCCAAGAAUUAGAAAAAAUGCUCAAGGUGGACUUAAACAGUCAAAAAAGGCUCGCGGCCUAUUGGAACCAAUAGUACACUACGACCAAGAAAACAGUGUUGAUUAUAGUAUUUACAGGUUGUAUGAGACUUACUUAAACUUGAUACCUAGAACUGGUUUGUUUUACAGAAAACCAUUAAAUGAUUUAAAGUUUAGCGCAGGUCACAUUGCGCAGAAAGACAUGAAAAUGAUGAUGAAAAGUUUCUUUUCUGAAGCAGGUAUUGCUAUCGGAAAUAGGAAUAUCAGCAACCAUUCCGGGAGAGUUACACUUUGUACAACUCUGUACAAUCAACGAUACGCAGAAAAAACGGUAAUGAGUCGCUCCAAACAUGUAUCCUCUGCGGUCCAGCGGUACCAACGUGAACAGUUUCCUCUUAACUCUGAUGUUUCUCGCGAUCUGGAACCCAUUUUGCCGCCAGAUCUACAAAGGAGUGAAUCUAAACCAGACUUGAAAAACUUGCAAAGUAAAGAGAUAAAACAUGACUUGCAAAAACCUGUUACUUCUAGUGUGUUGAAACCGGACAGCACCAAAACAGAAUUACCAAAUGAAAGCGAAUCUGUAUUAACUGUGAACGUACCAGCAGGUGUUCAGAAAGUCAUGAUAGUUACACACACUGGUAAAAAAUUUGUGAUGGAAAUUUAAGUAGAAAUUUCAUUUGUUACGUGACUGUAUUUUGUGAACUUUUGGCGGAACUGCUUAUGGUAUGUUGACAUUAAAUAGGGGCUACGUGUACACUUUUUUUACUUGAUUAUUUCAAACGAAUUCGAUAGAGUGACAGACAUUUAUUCAAACUAGCCUACAUUUGAUAUAGAUCUAUACUAGUUAGCCCUUCUUUUCAGUUUUCACUGGAUAUUUAGACAUGCUGAUUAAAGUUCAUUUCUGUG